CUAUUGGAAUUGUAUCGUAAAUAAAACUUAACGAUUAUAUGCAUGAACGAAAUGUCGGCAGGUCGAACUGCUUUGGUGUUAAAUAUUAAAACUUAAUCCGAGAUGCGUCUGCUUAUCGUGGUUUUUAUAUAUAUUUGUGGAGCCAAUGAAAUCCAGGUAUUAAUGUCAAAUAGAUGGAAAAUGAAUGAUGUAGAGUACGGUGAACGGUUAUCAAGUGUGGAAAAUAGUGAUAUGAAAAGAUCGCGUGAUCUACUUAACAAGAAGUCAGGACGCCAUAUUGUAACGAAAUGCACAACUAACCAGCCGAUAACAACGGAUCCUAAUUAUAUUCCAAAUAGUGAAGAAGAUGACAACGCUGCAGCUAAAAAGUUGACGGCAGAAGAUGAGGAUCCAGCUAUUGAAGACGGCGAACCCAAGAAAGUGUAUAAACCGCCAUCUACCGGCAAUAGUCCGGACCAUUAUAUAGACGACGAUUGAUUAAAAAAUGUAUUAUAAUAAAUUAUCCUUU